AGUUGGGAGUGUUGUCUGGAAGUGUCCGGAGACUGAAGAUAUCCGGGCUGGGCGAGGAAGAACAUUCGGACAAGGGCAUCAAAAGCGCAUAGUGCAUCGAUAUUUGCCCGUGCACACGCCUGCCAAGAAUUGUGGGUGAGGGGUGAGCGCAGGUUUGGGCACGGUGCCCUCAGAGCGUGGAGCUUGUGUGCAGAAUAUAGUGAGAUCGGUUUCAGCUGUGCCCCCGGGCAGCACUUGUGGCUUUCCCCAAGUUCUAUCAGAGCCGCAGCCAUGCCUGUCUUCCACACCAAAACUAUAGAAAGUAUCCUGGAGCCGGUGGCCCAGCAGAUCUCCCACCUGGUCAUCAUGCAUGAAGAAGGGGAGGUGGACGGAAAGGCCAUACCAGAGCUGACCGCCCCUGUGGCCGCUGUGCAGUCAGCAGUCAGCAACUUGGUCAGGGUUGGCAAAGAGACGGUUCAGACAACUGAAGAUCAGAUUAUGAAAAGGGACAUGCCUCCUGCCUUCAUCAAAGUAGAAAAUGCCUGUGCCAAGCUGGUCCAAGCUGCUCAGAUGCUGCAUGCUGACCCAUACUCUGUCCCAGCUCGUGAUUAUCUCAUUGAUGGUUCCCGUGGAAUACUGUCAGGCACUUCAGACUUGCUCUUGACAUUUGAUGAAGCUGAGGUGAGGAAAAUCAUCAGGGUGUGCAAAGGUAUACUGGAAUAUCUGACUGUGGCAGAGGUAGUGGAAUGCAUGGAGGAUUUGGUUACUUACACCAAAAACCUGGGACCAGGAAUGACAAAGAUGGCAAAGAUGAUUGAUGAACGUCAGCAAGAGCUUACCCACCAGGAACAUCGUAUCAUGCUAGUGAAUUCUAUGAACACAGUUAAAGAUCUUCUGCCUGUUCUCAUUUCUGCUAUGAAGAUUUUUGUAACAACAAAGAAUUCCCGCAGUCAAGGUAUUGAGGAAGCAUUAAAAAACCGCAACUUUACAGUGGAGAAAAUGAGUGCAGAGAUAAAUGAAAUUAUACGGGUAUUGCAGCUUACUUCCUGGGAUGAAGAUGCCUGGGCUAGCAAGAAGGACACAGAAGCCAUGAAAAGAGCACUAGCACUAAUUGAUUCUAAAAUGAAUCAGGCAAAGGGUUGGUUGAGGGACCCUAAUGCUCCUCCAGGUGAUGCUGGAGAACAAGCUGUACGCCAGAUUAUAGAUGAGGCUGGGAAAGUUGGGGAGCUGUGUGCAGGGAAGGAGAGAAAGGAUAUCUUGGGAACCUGUAAGACUCUAGGCCAAAUAACUGAUCAAGUUGCCGAUCUGAGAGUAAGAGGGCAAGGGGCUACCCCUGUUGCAAUGCAGAAAGCACAGCAAGUAUCUCAAGGAUUAGAUCUCCUAACAGCUAAAGUAGAGAAUGCUGCUCGAAAAUUGGAAGCCCUAACAAACUCCAAACAGGCUAUUGGAAAGAGGAUUGAUGCUGCUCAGAGUUGGCUUGCAGAUCCCAAUGGGGGUCCAGAAGGAGAGGAGAACAUUCGAGCCAUUCUGGCUGAAGCUAAGAAGAUUGCUGAACUGUGUGAGGAUCCCAAAGACCGAGAGGACAUCCUACGUUCAUUGGGGGAGAUUGCAGCUCUUACUGCCAAGUUGUCUGACCUCCGUCAACAGGGAAAGGGUGACACCCCUGAAGCACGUGCCCUGGCUAAGCAAAUUGCAACUUCAUUGCAGAAUCUACAAACUAAAGUGAACCGUGCUGUAAGCAACAGCCAUCCAGUGAAAGCUGCAGUGAACAUGGAAGGGAAAGUAGAGCAAGCUCAGCGUUGGAUUGACAAUCCUUCAGUGGAUGACCGUGGUGUUGGUCAGGCUGCCAUUCGUGGUCUAGUAGCUGAAGGCAGGCGUCUAGGCAACUCAAUGAUGGGGCCCUUCCGCCUAGAGAUGUUGGCUAAAUGUGACCGUGUGGAACAACUGGCGGGGCAACUUGCUGAACUGGCUGCUCGUGGUGAAGGGGAUACGCCCCAUGCUCGUUCUGUAGCUGCUCAACUCCAGGAUGCAUUAAAGGAUCUGAAGUCGAAAAUGCAGGAGGCGAUGACUCAGGAGGUGUCUGAUGUUUUUAGUGAUACUACCACUCCUAUAAAACUCCUGGCUGUGGCUGCUACCUCCCCACUUGAUGCACCCAACAGAGAAGAGGUCUUUCAAGAGAGGGCUGCCAAUUUUGAAAACCAUGCAGCACGUUUGGGAGCCACUGCUGAGAAAGCAGCAGCUGUGGGAGCUGCUAAUAAAGCCACAGUGGAAGGCAUACAGGCAACGGUGAAGACAGCCAGGGAGCUAACACCACAGGUGGUUUCUGCAGCUCGCAUCCUAUUGUGUAAUCCGGGAAACCAAGCUGCCCAUGAGCACUUUGAAACCAUGAAAAACCAAUGGAUUGACAAUAUAGAAAAGAUGACAGGUCUGGUUGAUGAAGCCAUUGAUACAAGAUCCCUGUUGGAUGCAUCUGAGGAAGCCAUCAAAAAGGAUAUUGACAAAUGCAAGGUGGCUAUGGCUAAUAUGCAGCCGCAAAUGUUAGUUGCUGGAGCCACCAGUAUUGCCCGCCGUGCAAACCGCAUUUUAUUGGUAGCCAAACGAGAAGUGGAGAACUCUGAGGAUCCGAAAUUCCGUGAGGCUGUGAAAACGGCAUCAGAUGAGCUCACCAAAACUAUUUCUCCUAUGGUCUUAGAGGCCAAAGCUGUAGCUAGCAACAUCUCUGACCCAGCUUUACAGAAAAGCUUCCUAGACUCGGGUUACAGGAUUUUGGGAGCAGUCGCUAAGGUGAGGGAAGCAUUCCAACCACCGGAACCAGAAUUCCCCCCACCUCCACCUGAUUUGGAACAUCUGAGAUUGACUGAUGAAGCAGCACCGCCAAAGCCCCCACUUCCUGAGGGGGAGGUUCCACCUCCUAGACCACCACCACCUGAAGAGAAGGAUGAGGAGUUCCCUGAGCAGAAAGUGGGCGAGGUGGUAAAUCAGCCAAUGAUGGUGGCUGCUAGACAGCUUCAUGAUGAAGCUCGCAAGUGGUCCAGCAAGUCACCUGGAAGCCCUGCUCCCACUACUCUGCAGGGUAGAGAAGCCGUUGUGUCUGAGGUAGAGCAGGAACAUGAGGAAGAGGAGGAGGAGGAGGCGUCAGUGGAAUUUGCCCUUUCCUCUGACAUUGAAGAUGAUUAUGAGCCAGAGCUGCUAUUAGUGCCUGAGGGGCAGCCUGUAAACCAGCCAAUGCUGGCCGCAGCUCAGUCUUUGCAUCGGGAGGCUACAAAAUGGUCCAGUAAGGGCAAUGACAUAAUUGCAGCAGCUAAGCGCAUGGCUCUGCUCAUGGCAGAGAUGUCUCGACUUGUGAGAGGAGGCAGUGGGAACAAGAGAGCCCUAAUCCAGUGUGCCAAGGACAUUGCUAAAGCUUCAGAUGAGGUGACGAGGUUGGCAAAGGAAGUGGCUAAACUGUGCACAGAUAAGAGGAUCCGAACUAACUUGCUUCAGGUCUGUGAAAGGAUCCCAACCAUCAGCACUCAGCUGAAGAUCCUUAGUACAGUCAAGGCCACUAUGUUGGGAAGGACCAACAUCAGUGAUGAAGAGUCUGAACAGGCAACCGAAAUGCUUGUCCAUAAUGCACAAAACUUAAUGCAGUCGGUGAAAGAGACUGUGAGAGAGGCUGAAGCUGCAUCAAUCAAGAUCCGCACAGAAGCUGGAUUCACACUUCGUUGGGCCCGUAAAACCCCAUGGUACCAGUAAUCCUUCUACCUGGAAUCCAAUGUAACUACUCCGUAUUGUACAGAGCACACUAAUACUCUGUAAUUAUCCGGACUGAUGUGGAAUUCAAUAUCUAAAUGAGCCUCAAGAUGUUUUUUUUUACCAAGCAUCUAAGCUUUCUUGGGCUUCUCCAUCAGUAAAUUGCUUGUCACAAUUGUUUCAUGGACUUCCCUAUAGUGCAUUUCUUUACCACCGAGAUACCCAAUCAUACUGUUUGCACUGGGAGAGACCAGUCCAUGUGCAAUAUACUAGUUUACACAACUUGAAAGUAAUUUUACUUCCAAUUCACCUGCAUACAUACUCUGCCUUUAUAUUUUGCUGAGCACAGCCAGUAUAAUAAGUAAAACACUAAGCAACUUUUUUUUUAUUUCUUUUUUUAUACUUGUUAGCUCUUUAAAGGGGUUUUCUGAUAAUUAUUUUCAUCAAGUGCCUGCAGCAUAGCCCUGACACAGAAGAUUCAUGCCUAACCUGCUCCCUGUUGCUCUGAUCCUCCUUUUUGCCCAACGCUGUCUAUAUAUUCAUUCACUGCGCUGUUUACAUUCGGCGGGCAAUGACUGGCUUCACUGGUGAUGUGGCCACAUGCAGCAAGUCACUGCUGAAGCCAGUCAUUGGCUGGAGCAGUGCAUGUGACCAUGACAGGAAGAUGGGAGCAGGUAAUUAUGAAUCUUCUGUUUCAGGGCUAUGCUUCAGGCAUUGGAUAAAAUGUUUUACUGGAAAAUCCUUUUACGGACACAUAAUGAAUAUGACACCUACUGGUUGGAAGCCACGUGUUUGUCCAUCACUUUCAUAUUCAGGUUGGUGGUAGUUUAGUUUGGUUCAUUUGCCUAUACAAGGUGAUAUUGACAUUUACCUCUUUAAUACCAAGCAUGUAUGAUCGAUUGGAUACAUGCUUGACUGCUGUAUCUGCCAUCAUUUCAUUUCUGUAAUAGCAAUGCCUCCCUGUAUACACAGAUAAUUUUGGUCAUCAUCGUGAUUUUGUACUAAAUUGAAUUACCACAAAUGUCUUCCUUCAUUAAAAAUACUUCUUGA